UUCAAAACAACAUAAAGAAGAAUUUUUGUUGAAUUCCGCUAGAAACGCGUGUUUACCAUGAUUUGGAUCAACAUUACGAUAGCAGAAUAAACUCGUGUAGAUUCCUGUGAGGUCUAAUUAGAUUACCAUCAUCGUACACUUUUCGUUUUGCACAAUGUCGAGCAAAGCACUGCAAGGAGUCUUCCGGGUUGUCGUGGAGAAUGUGUUGAAUCGUUGGACGGCAUUGCGGCUCGCUGUAGAACAUGGCAUGGGUGGUCCCCUAGGACUAAAUACCGCAAUAGAACUGAUCGAAUACGUAACAUCGUACUGCACUGAAAACAAACAUGUGGACGCGAUCGAUCUACGUGAGGUGCUGGAAGAAAUAAUGGAUCAAGAAUUUGAGACCAUUUGUGAAGAUGAUUCCAUUCACGAGGUCAGCGGUCUGUUGAUAAAACAUUUGAAAAUGUUAAAGGAAGGCAAGGAGGAAGAAGUUAGAGCAGAAAUAGACAUGAUGGUCCCAUGCGAAAUGUGGAUAAUGAGUGGAUCGAAAAUAAAGUAUCAACCAGCGGACGAUAGCAGCGAUAGUGACGAAGAUCAAGAGGAUAUGGAAGUGGAACCGGCAUCGACAGUGGACGUGUCGUCGGAAGUUAGUCCAAGCACGGGUGGCUCCAGCACGAAGUUUAUCGAAGAACCCAUCGAUCCUGGAUGGACCCAGGUCCGUGGCCGUCGUCGUCGAUAGUGUAGUUGUUUAUUGCUAUGGAAAAACUGUAAAUACACGAUGAAAAGAA